AGGCAGACGAUUUAGGUGUAUAUGAUGAUACAGAAAAAUCUAUUAUAGUAGAACAGUUUGGUAUUUCGAUCAAAACUUUCCUUACGAUAUCACAUGAUCAUGAUCGAGAUAUAAUAAUAAUAAAAGAGAAUUCGAAUAAUCUUCUACCAAGUCCCUUUACAAAGGUUAAAGAUAAGGCUCUUAUAUACAAGUUACAGGAUGGACAAGCUCAUACAAAAUAUAAUAGAAUGGAACAUCAGAAUGCUGGUCAUAUGCGACCUUCAAGUUAG